AUGCUGGCUCCGAAGAAAGGCCUACUGUGUAACCUCAACCACAUCCAUCUGCAGCACAUCUCCCUGGGGCUGCACCUCUCCCGGCACCCAGAGCUGCAAGAGAACUCUGGCUCCAUGGGUGGAGGAGACCAGACUGGCUGCAGCGACUCUCCGGAGAACUAUGACCAAGUGGAUGCCAAUUCUAACAAUCCCUCCUUGAAGUGCCAGUGUUGUGAGUGUCACACUCAGCAGCCGGUGACGUUGGGUCUCCAGAACCAGGCAGCUCAAGAGGAUUUCCCCUGCCUGCAUGCUGGAGAGGAGGAGGUGGCUUCCCCUUGUGAUGCCCCUUGUGAUCUGGCUUCCUCCUCCUCCUCUGUCAGCAGCUGCUCGGAUUUCAGCUUGGAUGACUCCCCAGUCUCCGUGUACUGCAAGGCGUUCUCCAGAGAAGAGUCCCAAUCCCCUGAAAAUCGGCCCACCAUCAGUCCUAUAGAAGAUGCCCAGGAUGGCAAGUCACUAGCUGACCAGGGUAGGACAGGUGAUGGAAGAGAUGCCAACCUCAACCCCCUGGUGCUCCAGGGACCAGACACCCUGGCUGGAGAGAGCCCGGACAGCCUCUGCAGCAGCAGCUUGCUUGACUCCCAGUGUGAUGAGACCUCUCCCAGCAUGGCAGCACAGGAGACCACCAGCAUCUGCACCGACCUAGACCCUAACUGCAACCCCCUCCCUGACCCCGAUGCUGUGCCUCCAGCUCCGCCAGCACCAGGACGGUGGGAUCCCAGCCCGAGCAGAGCUCCUGAGCUGCAGCCCCGGGCUGGCAGCCUCCCCCCACCUGUGCCCCCCCGGCCCCGGAGAUGGCUGCAGGUUCUCAGUGGGCACAGAGCACAGCAGCCGCUCUUGCCUGCACGGCCAGCAGAGCCGGAGCCUGCCUCAGGUGACCUCUGCAGAGACACGGGCAAGAAGACCAUCACCUCCUUUCACGAGCUUGCCCAGAAGAGGAAGAGGAACGCCGCUGGGCCCACUCUUGCCCAGGCCAGGGCUGACCGGAGCGACUGGCUGAUUGUAUUCUCACCUGACACGGAGCUGCCACCCCCCACCAGACCUGCCAGCUCCAGGCAGAGAGAGGUGACAACGUUCAAGGAGCUGCGGUACCGCAGUGCCUCCAACAAGCCCAAGAGCCAGCCACCUGGCGAGUGGGCAGAGCCAGUGCCAUCUCAGCACCCCUCUGCACCCCUUGAGACGGCCGUAGGCAGUGAGGGCUUAGGCUGGGUGCCACCCGUGCCUCUGGGUGGACAGUUGCUGGCAUCUAUGGACAGCCACCAGCUGAAGAGGAGGAGAUCCCGACCAGGACUGCAGCCCAUCGCGGAGGGGCAGCCGGGGGAUGCAGAGGAAGGGGGGCUGCCACCACAAAGCUGUCUUCCGGGAGAGAAGGGGCUGGGCUCUGGCUGCGAUAAAGAUGCCCUGGUUCGGAGGCUUGGGAGUCCUGGUGGGGACCCCUGGGUGCCAGGGAUGGUCGAGAGAGGAGAAGAGACCGGCGGGGAGGCCAGCCCCUCGCCGUCCGCCGCUGGAACCGCCCCGGGAGCAGCCCGGCCUGGCGGGGGGAGCACGGAGGGAGCCCGCCGCCCCCGGGGAGAGCAGAAGAAAGCCCUGCUGAUUGCCGUCAGCACCGCCGUGGAUAAGAUUAUUGCCCACUUCAGCACCGCGCGGAACCUCGUGCAGAAGGCCCAGCUGGGAGACAGCCGGCUCAGCCCAGAUGUGGGUUAUCUGCUGCUGCACACCCUCUGCCCUGCUCUCUAUGCCUUGGUGGAGGAUGGGCUGAAGCCAUUCCAGAAGGAUGUUAUCACAGGCCAAAGGAAAAAUUCCCCCUGGAGGGUGGUGGAAGCCUCUGUGAAGACAGGCCCCAACACCCGCUCUCUCCGCUCCCUGUGCUGGCACGUGGCUGGGUUGGCCCCUCUCAACAGCACCAGACAGAAGUUUCAUGCCUUUAUCCUCGGCCUUUUGAACAUUAAGCAGCUGGAGCUAUGGAUCUCUCACCUGCAGAAGAGCCCAGGUGUAAUCUCCGUGCUGUAUUCACCCACGGCCUUCUUUGCCCUGAGCCAAGGCCCUCUUCCCCACCUCGCUGAUGAACUGCUGCUGCUCAUCCAGCCCCUCUCGGUGCUGACUUUCCACAUUGACCUGCUCUUUGAACACCACCACCUCUCCGUGGAUGUAAGACCCUUGUCCCGUCAGCUAGAGUCACCUCUGUCUCCUGCCCAUCACUCUGCUCAGGCUCGGGGGGCUGUGCAGCCCUCUCUGGAGGGCCAAAGCAAUGCUGCAGGGGCAAGCCUGGAAGACGAGAUCCCCCCUGAUACUCUGGGGAGGGCAGCUGGUGCAGAGGGCAACACAAGGUCCCAGUCCCAAGCAGCUGUGCGUGGGCUGGUCCCUGGCCCCCAGGUGGGGGCUGCCCUGCAGCAGACCUUCCAGCAUGUGCUGUGGUGGGGCGACCAGCUCAGUCGCACUUUCCUGGGAGUUGACAGCUGCCCGGAGACCUGCAGGCCCGAGGCAGGCCCUCAGGACACUGGGGCUGGCCUCAGUGGCUGGUGGGGCCAGCUGAGCCAGGCCUCCAGGAUUUAUGCUGCUCCUAGCAAGGAAAAGUUCCCUUUUGUCUGGUGGACAAAGCUGCAGACGGCUGUGGGGGAUUCCAGCCCUGGCCAGGUUGUGCGAUCCCAAACAUCCGUGAAUGACCCUAAAGGCACGGAGCUGCAGCUCCUUCAGACCAAAGCUGUCCCUGAACUCUCCAGUCCAAAGCCCAGCAGCAGUGCUGACACCUCUGGGACCUCUUCCCCUGAAGACCUCAUCCCGCCUGCUGGAGCUGGAGCACCCACCAAGCCAGAUGAUCCUGGUGCUGAGGAGAAACUCCUGGUUGUUUGCCCAGAGCCUCAUGCAAAUAGGAACCAGGCAGCACCUUCUGACCCAGAGGCGGGUGGUCAUCCUGGUCCUGACAAGGGCAGCUGGCUGGGCUGGCUCUUUGGAGCCACUAGCCCCUCUGCCAGGAGCUUCCCUCCCAGUCCUGACACCAACUCAGCUAGGUCCAGGAGACCUUCUAGCUGGCUGUCCCCCAGCGCAUGUGUCCUGGCUGUGGUGGUGAAGGGGCUGGCAUCUGAGAAGACCCGUGCCCAAGAACAGCCAGAGAGGAACACAUCCGACUCACCCCAGACUCACAGGGCAGUUCGGGCGCUGUGUGACCACACGGGCACAGCCGAUGGUCACCUGAGCUUCCAAAAAGGAGACAUCCUGCAGCUGCUUUCCACCGUGGAUGAAGACUGGAUCUGCUGCUGCCAUGGAAACAGCACUGGCCUAGUUCCUGUUGGUUACACAUCCCUAAUUUUGUGAGGAGACCUGAGGAAGCAGGUGCCAUCUCCUGGAAGGACUGUCUCCUACCGUGUCUUCACCACCUUCAGGGCUGGCAGUUCUGCAGGGGACCCUGCGCUGGUGCCCGUCACUGCUGCUUGUUCGCAUGUUACUGUCUGCCGUGGGUGCAU